AUGGAGGGACAUGGCCUUCCUCAUGAGGUCGCGCCGCCGAUGCCGGAGCCCACGACCACGCCGGCGCUUUCCUUGCACAUCGCUCUGGAGCCCGCCACCUACAUCACUCUGGAGCCGACGGCGAGCACGGCGGACGCGAGGGCCUUCCUGUCGGUGGCGAGACCGACGGACGUGAGGGACUUCCUGGCAACGGCGAGCCUCCGCGUCCUCCCCGGCCGCCGCGCCCGCCCCCGGCGUGGCCGUGCCUGCCUCCAGAGGCCGCGAGGCCGCCACCAGCCCGCCCAAGCGGAGAAGCUGAGAAGCGGGUGGAUCCCUCUUGCCGUCGAUGUGGCCCUCGCAGGAGAAGCCGCGGCUCUGGGCGGCGGACGCGGCUGGAUGCGGCCGGCACCGCUGCUCCCGGCGACGAACACGAUUGGGGAACUGUUCCGCCUCCGCGUCGUGACUGAAGGAAAGGGGGGCGGCUGCGUAACCAACCGGCUGGGACGACUGGGACUCUCGAAGCCCUCUGAAGAGCUUGCAGGUUCCUUCCUGUUCCUUCAGUCCAUAUGUCAUGCACUUGUCAUCGCUGCGAGCAUUGGGAGUGGCAAGUACAACGUGUCCUUUGAGUAA